UUAUAAAAGUUGUCAACAGUUUGCUAAAUAGAAAAUCAUGUAGCUAGAUACUGAGACCAGAACCGUUCUUUUAUAGCUGAAUGAGAAAGCUACCCGUCUUUCUCCAGCAGAGAAAGAGAGACGGGGGGAAGGAGUGACUGAAGACAGACGGCGCCGCUGUGGAAAGCAGAAGUAGUUAGUUACAGUAGUUAACUAGCUAGCCAGAAUGUUUAGCUACUGUAGCUAGUUAGCUAACUUGUAUUGUGUUAAGUAUAACUACCAGGCCAGCUAAAAACGGGCUGGUGUGUGUAAUAACUCCAGACUGCUCUCCCGGUCUCGGCCGGGGCUCCAUGGAAGAGCUGCUGGGACGGAACAAGGAACGGGACUGCAACCGAGGCUCACCCCAAAGCCCUCUGCCCAUCUCUCUGGUCCAACGGGGUAUUAUUACCGUGGCCUGGGAACGGGAGUUACGGCCGACCGAGCGGCGAUGGGUGAUGAGAUGUCAUGUAGCGAACUCCUAUAGAAGCUCCAUCUCUUCGCCAGGUUAAAACCCGCUACAGAAUCCGGGAUCCUGGACAAGAUGAGUGGGGGGAAGAAGAGGAGUGGCUUCCAGAUUACUAGUGUGACGUCAGACUACACGCAGAGCUCUGGGGAAGCCCCACCCCAUGUUCAGGCCUCUAGCCAAUCAAAUCCCUCCCUUCAGUCCUCCAGCCAAUCCACUGAUUCCUCCCAGCCUGGCCUCUCCCACCAGCAGGGAAGUUUCUCCCAGCCGACGACUCCCCUCUCUCUGAGGAAAUCCAACUCGCAAGAUGCUGUGGGGCAAGGGUCCAGGUUUCGAGUUGUCAGAUUGGGCCAGGGCCAUGGAGGACCCUAUUGCCGGGGGCGGUGGACCUGUACGGACUUUUUGGAAAGAGAGGAAGGGGUGGGGCCUAGAUGGGUGAUGGACAGCAUGAGACACGCCUACUCUCUGGAGUCCCUGGAGGGGAUUGGUCUACAGAGGACUGGGGGAGGGGCUGGAGGCGAGCUGCUGGGGCACGUGCGCACUCUCAGGACAGGACACCUUGUUCACUCUCAGGAUACCUCCCACUUGCUGGCCCAGCCAAUAGGGUCAGAUGGGGAGGGGUUUGGAGGGCUGAAGCCUCUCCUCCACAGCGACCCGCCCAACCCCACACACCUGGAAAGAUUCAACUUGCGAGUGGUCGACUCCAUGCCCCCCCUGCCCAGCCCCCGCCCACGGAACAUCCCACCCCCUCUACGCCUGGAUGUGGACGCUACCGGGAGGUCUCUUUUGAGAGUGUCUCAUUCCCAGCCCAGCUCCCCUGGGCCCCCCCUACAGGGUAGAGAUGGUACUUUCCUACCCAGUCUGAUUCCCAUCCAGACUUCUUCGGCCUGGUCCAUGUUCGGCUCCGGGGAGGCUGUCCAUCUGCCAGGGGACGACAGUCUGAAAGAUGACGACUCAGAGGAUCAGGAUGAGACAGUCUGUAACCGGGAGGAAGACGGCUCCAUCAACAACAAUCGACGCAAGACGGUGAGUCCUGCAGUAGGGGAACAUCCUCUCCAGUAUAACUAUACCUUGUGGUAUUCUCGGAGGACUCCGUCCCGGCCCGCCAACACACAGAGUUAUGAACAGAACAUCAGACAGAUCGGCACGGUCGCAUCGGUGGAGCAGUUCUGGAAGUUCUACAGUCACCUGAUGCGACCGGGAGAUCUGACUGGCCACUCUGACUUCCACCUGUUUAAAGAGGGAAUCAAACCCAUGUGGGAGGAUGAAGCUAAUAAGAACGGAGGGAAGUGGAUCAUCAGGCUGCGGAAAGGUCUGGCCAGCAGGUUCUGGGAGAACAUUAUUCUGGCCAUGUUGUUAAUAUUGUUGUUGACAGGUCUGGCCAGCAGGUUCUGGGAGAACAUUAUUCUGGCCAUGUUGUUAAUAUUGUUGUUGUUGACAGGUCUGGCCAGCAGGUUCUGGGAGAACAUUAUUCUGGCCAUGUUGUUAAUAUUGUUGUUGACAGGUCUGGCCAGCAGGUUCUGGGAGAACAUUAUUCUGGCUAUGUUAUUAAUAUUGUUGUUGUUGACAGGUCUGGCCAGCAGGUUCUGGGAGAACAUUAUUCUGGCCAUGUUGUUAAUAUUGUUGUUGACAGGUCUGGCCAGCAGGUUCUGGGAGAACAUUAUUCUGGCUAUGUUGUUAAUAUUGUUGUUGUUGACAGGUCUGGCCAGCAGGUUCUGGGAGAACAUUAUUCUGGCCAUGUUGUUAAUAUUGUUGUUGACAGGUCUGGCCAGCAGGUUCUGGGAGAACAUUAUUCUGGCCAUGUUGUUAAUAUUGUUGUUGUUGACAGGUCUGGCCAGCAGGUUCUAGGAGAACAUUAUUCUGGCCAUGUUAUUAAUAUUGUUGUU